AUGGGGACCCAGGAUAUUGCACUGCUGGUGGAAGGAUUUUUCCACAUCAACAUUUGUGAGGCCCAGCAGCCAGGAACCUGGAACUGGCAGUCGGAGCCUGAGCAGUGGGCAAGGUCAAUUCGCCAGCAGUUGGAUGCCCAGCUCCUUGUGGUCUCGGAGACCAGGGUAGACUCAUCUCCCAAAGAGGCAUCAUAUGAUGCCCCGGAGUCUCAGCACCAGCAGAGGCGACAGAGGCAGUUCCUGCAGGCGGUGACUCAGGCCCUGCCAGGCCUGCGGCGCCUGGUCACUGAGCUCCGCACUCUGUUCUCAGCUGUGCUCCAGGACGGCAGCCUUGCGGCCUGGCACUACCUGCACGAAGUGCUGCGCCUGCUGCCUCCAUACCGCACCCUGCUAGUGGGCAACCUGGAUUUGCUGCCCUUCCUGGAGCAGCUGUACCGCUGGGCACCCUGGGUCCAAACCCAACUCCAGCUGGACCUGCUCAAUGCCAUAGACCAGGCCUUUCCCCGAGACACCUCUUUGUUAGAGAGCGCCUCCCAUGUUGACUGCUGUCUUCAGAAGCAGAGGUCCCCUCAUGGGCCCCCACUCCCAGCAUGCCCUUUUGUGCGGGCCAGGAGGAGUGGGCAGCAAGGAGAGGAAAUGUUAGCCACGUGGCUGCGACCCCUGACUCUGCCGGAGCUGCAGCACAGCCUGGGCAUUGUGGGUGCCGAGGUGGCUCUGAAUGAGGCACAGUGGCGAGAUGGCCUUGGCCUCCUGCCCUUGGCACUGGCAACGGACAUCCCGGUACACUAUGAAAGCGAUGGCAAUGAUGACGCAGAGGAGAAGCCUGUUGGAAGAAGAAAGACCAAGUCUCGGCUUGACUCAGAAGUUUCUGGAAAGACCAAAAAGAGCAGCACUGGCGGCUUCCCUCCGACUUCCCUCCUGGGUAGCCAGGCGAUGGCCGUUCUGAAGACAGACAGAUACCUGAAGAAGGUCCACUUCUUCUACCUCAAUGUGGCUCCUAGCCGGUACUUUAGGCCCUACAGCCUGGUGGUGGUGCCACCAAACAAGGUGAAUCCUGAGCACUACAUCUUCUCGCCCUUUGGGAUCCUGCAUGUACAUCCUGAGGAGGCCACCGAGACAAUGACGCUGGGUACCUGGCACCGCCACUUCGUCCUCUGGCAACAGCUCCAGCUCGUUCCAUUCUUCAAGUAUUGCCUCUUACGCAAGGCCUGGGCCCGCUGGAGGAAGACCGUGAAGUUUCGGAGGCUGCACCGGUGCCGGACGUUCCUGGGGAGGCAUCUGCUCUUUGCCGUGCCCCACUUUGGAGUGGCGCUGCUCCACAUCAGCAGGCUUCUGCAGGAGCUGCACUCUGUGUCCUGGCUCCCCCAGGAGCCGGACCAGUGCUACGAGCUGCUGGACCUGCAGCGGGCUCUUACCCAGGAGAACCAGAGGGCCCUGCAGCUGCUUUCUCGCUGCCUGCACCUCUGCAAGUCCAUCCUUGACAUGGUUCAUGAGGAUACAUAUCAAAUGCAACAGGGCCUGCAGGAGCGAGUGAGGAACUGCGAGAGGGUCAGAACAGACCAAGGCUCCAUAUACCUGCGGAAGGUGCAGGGCCAGCAGCUGGAGCAGAAGCUGAAGCGAGUAGAGACCUGGCUGCUGCAGCUGGGACAGCUGGCCCGCCUGGUGCACUACAUGAUUUGCCAGAACCUCGUGUCUAUCAUAGAGGAGAAGAUAACCUCUUUUGUGGCCAACAUCCUGAAAGCCCCGAGGCAGAAUCCCUUUCUCUUGGCCCAGCUGGUCUUUGACAGUAGUGGCCAGCUGUCUCAUGAGCCCUGUAUUGAAGACAUAAUCCAGAUUAUAACUGGGGGCCUACAGUUUGUCAAGGCUUCUGCUCUGAAGGUAAUGAAGUCUACGGACCUGAAGAGCUCUGGGGAUUCCCUGAAUUCUGAAGAAGAAGAAGAAGAAGAGGGCUUGAACACGGAAAUCCUGAUGCCCAGGUCCCAGGGUGAUGCUGUGCAGAUCUUCUGUGGCCCGAAUGUAGGAUUGGUGUGGCCCUGGAAGUCUCACACAAUCACUGAAGCGCUGGAGGUCCAUGGGUACCGGCUGCGGAGCCAGUACUUGCCCCCCAAUUACAAGCAGCUGCAAGAGGACCUAAAUAACAACCCUCGAAUCCAGCAGGCACUGGCUGUACAGCAGGCCCUGCUGGAGGACAUGCUGUGGGAGGUGCAGGAAUUCUGCGGGAACUAUCACUGGUUGACAGGCAUUUAUAAGUUUCUGCAAGCCUGGGGGCCUCAGAAGCUGGAGUCCAUGAGAGGUUGUCCUGUCAACAACUAUGAGAUGCUGGUGAGCCACCUGGACGUUUGGCAGGCCCGUGUCUCCCGUAUACCGAUCGAGUUGGUCACAAAAGGCAAGUUGCUGCUGCUGAGCUGCCGUGAUAUACAGGCCGACCUGGAAUCCAAGCUGGAGAGCAUCAGGAAGGAAAUUCUUGAGUAUGUCCAGGACGAGAGCUGGAGCCGCAGCCAGCAACUGAUGAAGGAGCUCACAGAUUUCAUCGAGGCCUUCCAAACCAUCAACUCCGACAUUCACACCAUUGCCCGGUGCUCCCAGAAGUUGAACAAGGCCCUUGAGCAGUACAGCGAGCUGGAGGAGCGGAUGGAAUACAUACGGGCCCUCCACGAGCUCAUCCGCAACCACUUCAGCCUCUUCAGUGCGGAGACCGAGACACUGGACAUCUCGGUGAGAAGGCAACUCGGGGAGUCCCCCCUCCCUCCCGGCCCUCCUCCCCCACAAGCACGCGGACCUGACUGCCCUCUGCUUGCCCCCCAGCUCCUGGAUCUGUGGGAGGCAUUUCAGUUUGAGAGAAGCCAGGCCUCGGAGUUCCUGCUCAGCAAGCGACACGCCAUCGUGCCCAAGCUGCAGCAGCUGAUGGCGGCGGCGCUGGCCGAGCUGGAAGGCCUGAUUGGGAAGGCCCUGUCCAGCCCCUUCAUGGACCCUGCACAGGAGCAGAAGAGCAUGGAGAACCAGCUCAUCGCCCUGGGGCAUCAGUUCCAGGACACCACCAGCUACCUCAGCGAACUGCACCACGCCUACACCACCUUCACUGGGGAUGAGAGUCCUGUGCCCUUGCCAAUCUGUGGGAUCCAUCCUAUCCUGCAGCAGCAGAGCAUCUGGCACCUGUACCGAGUCAUCUCUGAACACAUCAGUGAUUGGAAGUGCAUGGCUUUUGCCAAGUUCAGCCUGCCUAUGGCCCAGGAGAAGAUAGAGGGCUGGCUGACAGAGGCGACCCAGAUAGAUGCCACCGUGGGCCUGCACAGCCCGGUCCUGCAGUACUGCAUACACAUUCUGGAGGAGUUUCGCAGCUACCUGCCCUUGCUUACCAAGCUGAGCAGCCUCCAGCUGCAUGGCCUCAACUUCCAAGGCCUUGUUCGAGCCUUAGGGCUGGGCAGUCUCAACGUAGAACUCCUAACACUGGGCCAGCUGCUCACUUGUCCACUGCUGGAUUUUGCAGAUCAAAUCAAUCAGAUCUGGCGGAAUGAAAACGAGCACAUUCAUGCCCAAGAGGCCCUGCAGCAGCUGCAGCAGGUCUGGGAAGCACGCCAGCUGCGCCUGCUCAACUUCAUCCUGCAGGUGCCCUGCGAGCCCUCCGCCGCCCCGGGGCGCUCCAAGAGGCACAUGCUCCGCAGGGACGUAAUGGCCCAGGAUAGUGGCACCUUCAUCCUUUCAGAUUACAACAGCCUGCAGGAUUCCGUCCAGGAGAGUAUUCAGAUGUUGUUCAAGAUCCUGGCCAUCCAGAAAUCGGGAGACCUUUACAAAAGAGCUGUGGAGUGGAUGACCAUCUUGCAUGACCUGAGUGACAUACUGGAGGUGUGGGUGACUUUCCAGCAGAAGUGGAUUUUUCUGAAUAAAGUUCUGCAUGAGAUGAAGAUACAGUUUCCCAGUUCUGAUCUGAACUCUCGUUUCAAGGCCAUGGAUGAUCAGUAUCGGGCCCUGAUGCAGACCUCUGUGGCUGACCCCCUGGUUCUGUCACUCGUGGUGCCCAGUGGCCAGCGGAACUCUUCCUUCCAAGGCCGGAAGCUGCAACAGAUGCUGCAAGCCGGCUCAGUGGAGCUGGAGGGCAUCAUUACGGCCCUGAAGAGCGUGCUCUAUGACUUCUGUGUUCACUUCCCCCGCCUUUUCUUCCUCAGUGACAGUGAGCUGGUGGACCUCCUGGUCGCCCGACUGGAGCCCGAUGAGGCCCAGAUAUGGGUACGACACUGUUUUCCUCACGUGCUGGCUGUGAGCUUCCAGUCCAGCCUGACUGGUGAGCACACGGAUGCCCCGGAGUCGAGGCCAGGCCUACAGACUCAGGUGGAGGGCCUUGCAGUGCUCGGCGCCGGUGGGGAGAAGGUGAAGCUGCAGCAGCCCCUUCUUCUGCAUCCGGAUCUCCCCCGGUGGCUGGCCUCUCUGGAGAAGGCUCUGCGUUUGGCACUGGUGCAUAUGCUGCAGGGCUGUGUGGCUGCCCGUCUGCAGCGCAGUGUGACUCCGGCUCCAUCCGUAGACAAGGAGCUGCCCCAGCGAAGCCAGUUGUCCUCGCAAAUGUAUGUCUACCACUGGCUGGAUUUAGUCAAGGCCUUCCCGUGGCAGUGUGUGCUGGUGGCAGAGGAGGUGGUAUGGCGGGCCGAGAUGGAGGAGGCUCUGCUCCUGGGGAAGACCCUGACCAUGGUGCGCACACAUGCAAGCAAGCUGGAGGUACUGGUGCAUUUCGUACGGACCCAGAAGGCCUCCCAGGGUGGACAGCCCCUGCCCCUGCCCUCUGUCCGCGAGACCAGCCUGCUCAGUGCCCUAGUGGCCGUGACCGUGACUCACCGGGAUAUAGCGCAGCUGCUGAAGGAGCAUGAGGUCAGUGAUCUGGCAGACUUCCACUGGGCCCGCCAACUCAAGUACCACCUGGGUUCAUCUCACAUCAUCUCCCAAAGCCCCUUACAGAGUCUCAGGACCAUUGCAUCUAUGGACACCUCUCUGUCACCAGCUGCAUGCUGGGUAGAUGUGCUGGGCCGGUCCUUCCUGUACAAUUAUGAGUACCUGGGUCCCAGGCUGGGGUCUCUGCCCAGCUUGCUGCCUGAGUGGCCAACCCUGGCACUCUUAUUGGCCCUGGAGGAGGUGGCCUGUGGGACCCUACUGGGACCUGAUGGCAUGGGCAAGGCAGCCAUGGUGAAGAGCCUGGCACAGGCCCUGGGGCGCCAGCUGGUGAUGAUACCCUGCUUGCCUCAGAUAGGGGCCCAAAGUCUGAGCAACUACCUGAACGGCGCCCUGCAGGGUGGCGCCUGGCUGCUGCUGGAGGCCGCUCAGCACCUGCCGCUCGGCUUGCUCUCUGCCCUGGGCCAGCGCCUGGCUGAGCUGCGCAGCCUCUAUGCCCCGCUGUACCGGCAGGUUUCCCGAAGCACCAGUACCAUCGACCCAACCCACCCCCAGCUCCUUGGCAGGGGUUUCUUUGAGAAAAACCACGUGGACAUGCGCCUGGGCUAUGGCUGUCUCCUGACGCUACGUUCCCUGAGCCCCGCUGUGCCUGCCAACCUGCGCCUGCUGCUGCGGCCUGUGGCACUGACACUGCCGAACCUACAGCAGGUGGCAGAGCUGACUCUGCUGGGCGCAGGGAUGCGGGAGGCCUCCCUCCUGGCUACCCGCCUGUCCAAAUUCUUCUCCCUGGAGCGUGAGCUGGUGUCUGGGCCCCUGCCCUGCCGCUUGCCACUGCUCAAGCGGGUCCUUGCAGACACACUACAGGCUCUAAAUGUGACCAAGGAGCAGCCCAAGUCCCAGCUGCCCCUCAGCCUUGCUGCCGCCCAGGAGAGGGUCCUACUGCGUGCCCUGCUACGCUCACCUCUGUUUAGCAUCCUCGACGGGGUCCGCCUUCACCACCUGCGAGAGCUGCUCUGUGGGACCUUCCCCAGCGCCAGGCAAGUGCUGGCGGAGCCCGUGGCCCCCAGGCUGAGGAAGCCACUGCUGGUGGAGGAACUGCAGCAGGCGGGCCUGCAUCCCAGCACUGAUAUUUUGAGUUCCCUGGAGCAGCUGAGCCAGGCCCUGGGCCAGACCUCGGGCAUUUUGCUCCUGGGCCCUGCAGGCUGCGGCAAGACCACGUGCUGGCACAGCCUAUUUACGAUCCAGAAUCGGCUGGCGGCCACGGAGGGCACCUCAACACAGGGCUGCCUGCCUGUGGAGAUGACGCACCUGUAUCCCAGUGUCCUCAGCCCCGAGGAGUUCCUGGGGUGGCAAGAGGGCCCCUGCUGGCACCAAGGCGUCCUCCCCAGGCUGCUUCGUGCAACCGGUCAGUGCAAGACUGUGGACCCAAAGAGCAAGGCCCGGGGAUCGGUGAGGACCCAGCACUGGGUAAUAUGUGACGGGGUCUCCAGUGCCGCUUGGCUGGACUCCGUCACUUGCCUCCUGCGUGACCCCCCCCAGCUUAUCCUCCCCAGUGGCCAGCAGGUAGAACGAUCCCCGGAUACCUUUCUCCUGAUGGAGGUGGGAGAUGCCACAGGAAUGCCCCCCGCAGUGGUGGGCCGCUGUGCCCUCGUCUGGUGCGGUGGGGAGCAGACGUGGAAGGGGAUGCUGAGAGCCCUGAUGGCAGCCCUGCCCCAGGAGUACUGCCUGCAACCCCAGACGGUCACCGAACUCAAUCACCUGGCUGAAGUGCUGGUGCCUGCAACGUUCCGAUUCCUCACCCGCCAGGGUGCCAGCUCCGUGCUGCAGGCACAUGGGCAGAAGGCUGUUUGCCCAGGUGUGGCUGAAAUCACCAGCCUGGCUCGCCUCUUACGUUGCCUGCUUGACCCCCACCUACGCAUAGAUGAGGAGACACAUGUCUCAGUGAACUUUGCAGAAGACCUCAGUCAUAGUGAUUCUGGAACCCAGAGCUUCAUGUCCUCGAAAAGCAGCUCUCUGACCCGGUCCCAGGCUGACAGCAGUGAUGUGCCUAAUAAGCGCAGGGAGCACUUGCUGGUUGUCAGCAGCUUUCUCUUUGCCUUGAUCUGGGGCUUUGGAGGCCACCUUCCUUCCAGGCUCUGGUCCGUCUUUGAUACCUUCCUGAGGGAUUCUAUUAGCUACCUCCCCAACUAUCCCGAGCCAUCGCCCUCAGCCUCGGUGUUUGAUCUUCAUUUAUGCCCUGAAGAUGGGACACUGGUCCCCUUCACCGGGCAGUACGUGGGCAGCCGCAUCAAGGGAUCUCUGGGCACCUUCAGUCCUUCUCCCCAGACUGAACGACUCUUGUAUGUGGUGGACCUGCUUCUGACGGAGGGACACCCAGUGCUGCUGGCUGGAGAGGCAGCUACAGGGAAGUCGGCCUUUGUGGAGGUGCUAGUGGAACCACAGCACCCUUACAUCUGCACCCACAUCCACCCUGCCUUCAGUACCACCCACUUUCGCCUUCUGCUGAGCCGAGGGGUCCAGAGCCAAUCACGAACCAGCCUGAGGUCUGGGCAGCACCUGAAUGCUAAAGGCUCCCUCCUCUUCCUGCUGGAGGAUCUGCACCUGGCCGCUUCCGACCCAGAGAAGAGCUGUCAGCCAGUGUUGGAGACUCUACGCCAGGCCAUGAAUGGCACUGUGUGUGCCCACAGCACCUUGGAACUGCAGACACUACAGCCUAUAGUCAACUUCCUUGCCACAGCUACAGUGCCAGGCUUCUGUGAGUGCCCACUGUGUCCCCGCCUCUUUCGACUGUUUACAGUGCUGGCCCUGGCCGACAUGAACCAGGCCAUGCUGCUGAGCAGGCACACACCUAACAUCCAGGCCUGGCUUGAACGCUUCCCCUGUGUGGAGCGGGAGGGUGUUUUAGCAAGAGCCCUGAUCUGUGCCUCCAUGGAGGCCUGGGAGAUUGUGGGCAGCUGUUUUUUGCCUUCACCCCUCCACCCACAUUACCGCUUCUCCCUGCACUCUGUGAGCCAACUACUGGGAAGCCUGCAGCUGCUGCCAACCAGAACGGGCUCCCGAGGUUUUCUGGACUAUCCCAACCACCAGGAGCACUUGCGCCGGGUGUCAGGCUUGCGUGGUACCCGCCUGAUGACUAUGAUGGCCAUGCGCAACAUGGUGCGCCUUUGGUUGCAUGAGGCACAGAGAACCUUCUGUGAUCGGCUGGACAGCCCUAGGGAACGUGACUACUGUGCCAAGCUGCUCCUAGAAGUAGCUCAGAGUGUCUUCUGCUGUGGGCCAGUGCACCAAAGCCUGGACAAGGGCUCUGAAGAGGAGGAGGAGUUGAAAGAGGAGGAGGAGAAAGUACCUGAAGUAGAGUCUGAAGGGGAGUUGGCUCAGUGGGAGGACUUAAGCAAUAGCAGCAGUGAGACAGAAGAGGAGGACACUUAUGACCUUUGGGUCACCACAGGCCCACCCUCCAGCGAUUCAGGUCGUGCAUCAUCCGUUGCCCCAGUAGAGAAGGAGAGCACAGAGAACAUAAGUCAAAAGAUAAAUCAGGAGGAAGACACAAGGGCCUCCAGUUACAAACUUCCAAUAAAGAGAUUCAAGAAUUGGUGGCAGAAGACAUCCCAGUUGGACCUGGACUCACCCCUAUUGCUACCAGUGUUACUACUCUGUCCCCAGGAAAAGCCUUCAGACCUGAUCUUCAGUCAGGAGCUAACAGUGGAUUCCAACUCUGAGAGCCCCAACAUGUACCUGGAACGGCAGUGGGAGAGCCUGGAGGAGCAGCUGGCCACGUCAGCCGCUCAGCUAAAGCUGAGUCCCCACCUUGCCCAGUGCCACUCAAUGGCCCAGCAUGUGGCCCACCUGGUCCGGGUGCUGGCCAGGCCCCGGCAGCAUGGCCUUCUGCUCUCAAAGGCUCUGGGCACUGGGCGCUGUACUGCCAUCAUUCUAGCAGCUAACAUUUGUCAGGCCCGUAUCUUCUAUCUGCCAUGUCAGUCAGAGAAGGCCAUUCUCCAGUGUCUACGGGAUGCCAGCUGUCAUGCUGGCAUGUUAGGUCAGCCAGUGGCCCUUCUGGUGCCCAGUGGUGUGGAUCUUACCACUCUUCAUCGUCUGCUGGCCUUGGCAAGCUCAGGCAGUUUCCCUGACCAGUACACAGAAGCACAUCUGGAAAAAAUUGAAGAACAACUCCUCAGAGAUGUCAAGCAGACCAUUAGGAAGGAAAUGCUUUUGCAGAGGUUCUACCAGCAAGUGUGCAGCCACCUGCACAUGUUCAUCCUGAUCGGAGAUGACCAGGCCCACAAACAACUGCCCUCCACCCUUUUCCGGAGACUCCUCCAACUGGCCAUCACCAGCAUUGACCACUAUGAACCCUGGGACGAAGACUCCCUGAUCAGUGUGGCUCAGCACCAUCUGGACAGUGCUCAGAAUCUACCGCUUGGUGAUGAUACCUUCAAGUACCCAGACCUCCAGGCCUCAAUUCCCAGUGUGGCCAAAGCCAUGGCUUUCAUCCACCUUUCGGCUGCCAGCUACCAUGGGCACCUGUGCCCUGAAUUGCCACUCGUCACCCCCAAGACCUUCUUAGACUUCCUGGAGACCUUCUUGCUGCUGCAACAACAGAUGAUCCUACAGAUGAAGAACAAGGCUCAGCGGUUCAACAAUGCCUUGGGGAAUCUGACAAAAAUAUUUGAGCAACACAAUAUCCAAACCAACCAGGUCUCCAUCUUGAAACAGGAGAUGAAAGACUCCCACAAGAAACUCAGCAUAUUGCGUCAGCAACUAGAGCAAAGCAAGAUCCUGCACAAGCGGCAACUAGCAGAGUGUCGGCAGCAGGAGAUCCUCAUUAGGAACCUGACCAAGCAGUGGGAUGCCCUGCGGGCUCAGCAUGAGGCUUUCCUGGAGCAGAUGGGCAAGGCAUUUCUUGGGCCCCUGAGCCAGCUGAAGGUGACUGAUUUUGAGGAGAUACGAAGCUAUCGAGCACCACCAGAAUCUGUGAUCCAGGUGACCAAUGCACUGUGUGACCUGUUCCACCGUGAAAGAGGCUGGGCCAGUGCCAAGCAGCUGUUAUGCACCGAAGAUUUUUAUCAGGAGCUGGUGUUCUUCCCCAAGGAGAAGAUGACGGACUCAGAGAUAAUAAACUUAAGCGUUGCUCUGAAGGCUCCAGGUAUGAGUGACGCAGCUUUGCGGGCAGUAAGCACACCUGCAGCAAGCCUGGCAGCCUGGCUCUGGGCUGUUCUGCGCUACAGGCUGGCACAACACCGAGGACUGCCCACGGGCCUGCUGCUGCGGCAGAUAGAGGCGACACUGGCUCGGGAGCAGGCCCAACUGGCCCACUACCAGUUCCAGGCUAAGGAGAUCCUGGAGCGCAAUUUGGCCCUAUCUAAGCAGCUGGAAAAUAGCCAGGUUUCCCACGGCCAUCUGGUAGAGAGUCUCAGUUGGACUCAGACUGACCAGUAUCACAAGUGGCCCAUAAAGACUGCAUUGCUCACGCCCAUGUAUUCCUGGACUGCAGAGCUCCAGAAGUUGAAGAGGCAGUGUAUGACUGUGUUUGGCGAUGCCCUCCUGUGUUCAGCUGCCAUCGUUUACCUGGGUCCCUUCCCACCAUUACGGCGCCAGGAGCUACUGGCAAAGUGGCUGGCUCUGUGUAAGGGCUUUCAGGAGACUCUGGGCCCAGAUGAUGUGGCACAGGCCCUGAAGCAGAAUCAGAAAUCUGUCAUCACGCCACCAAAAAAGCCCCUGCUCUCCACGUGCUCUCCCUUUAGCCUUCUGUCCUUACUGAGCUCUGAAUCCGAACAGUUCCAGUGGGACCGAGACCUGAAGCCCCAGGCAAAGUCAGCUCGCCUGGCAGGCCUGCUUCUGCGAAGUUGCACCCACUACUUCAGUUGCCGUUGGCCUCUGGUGCUUGACCCCAACAAGCAGGCCCUCAGCUGGCUGAACCCACUGCCUCUGGAACAUACUAGAUGGAUGGCCCCAGUUCCCACCAAGGACAGAGGUAAAGCCAGGGAUAAUAAUCAUAAAAAAGAGUAUAAAGAGGAUGCAGAGGAGGAAGAUAACGAUAGUGAAGAGAGUCCCAAGGCUAAAGAGCAGAAGGCAGAGGAAAAGGGAAAGGAGGAGGUGAUAGACAAGGAAGAGAAGCAAGAGCAAGAGAACAAGGAGACAGAGAGGCAGGAGUCAAGGCCAGCCUCUGAGACCCAGUCUCCGCCCUUUCCCUACCUCAGUGUACUCUCAGGCUCUGACCCAGACCUGGGUCCUCAGCUCCUGGAGGCAGCUGCCAAAGGCCUGCCUGUGCUACUGACCAAUGUGGAGCUGGGACUAGGGUGCCAAGAACUGCCAUGGCUACUGCAGCGGGAGCAGCUGAGCCCACCCCAGGUGCAGCCUGGCUUCUGUCUCUAUCUGAGCACCACCCUCCCCCUUGGUGCCUUGAAAAAAGUGCUAGGUUGUGAACUGCUGAAAGUGCUGAAUGUGCUGGAUCUGGGUCUGAACAUGGACAUCCUAGAAGAACAGAUGCUGCAUGAAAUCCUGCGCACGGAGUGUCCCAAGUUCGAGAGCCGCUGGCAGGACCUCCAGAUGAGAGCCUUGGAUACCCUCGAAGCUGUGGAGGCUGCUGAGGAGCGGCUCCUGAUGAGGCUGCUGUCCAAGAACCCAGCUGAUCAGCAUCUAGCCAAGUUCCUGCGGGACAUGGUAAGGAACCAGGCAGAACUAUGUCAGCUGCUUGCCUACCGCGAGGAGCUAGAAGACCUGAGGCUGCAGGAGAUGGUACAGUGGGUACCCUAUCAGCAUGUGGUCCAGCAUGGGAUAGCCAUUAUCAGGGCCCUUAGCCCACUGCAAGACCUGCUGCCACCUUUCCGUAUGAGCCCAGAGAACUGGCUGGCAGCCACCAAGGGGGCUCUGAACAGCAUGAAGCAGUGUGAGAAUCAUCCGGGGAAGGACUUAAACAGCCAUCUGCUACAGCUGAAGACACAGCUGACCCGCCAGCUGCUGGGCAGCACCGUGGCUGCACUGGGCCUGACCCACAUGCCCUUGAUAGGUGCCUUGGGUGCCUUAGCUCUGCUGUGCGAGGCAAGGAAGGCACCACAUCUGGAGAGGCUGGCACUCUGGCCUGGACUGGAAGCCUUUCCCAGCAUAGGCUCUAGCAAGCCAGUCCCAGGUGUGGCUCGACCAGCCUGGCUAGGGCUGAGAGCCUGGCACGAAUGUGGAAUGUUAGAGCUGCUGCCCCCAUUUUCAGGGCUGCGUGUAUCCCUGGCAGGCCACUCCAGUGUUUGGCAGUCUUACCUGUCCCUGUCAUCCACAGUGCUGGGGCCUACACCUGGGCCUGGGCCCAAUCUACUCAGCCUCCUUCAGAAGCUGAUCCUGUGGCGUGUGCUGAGACCUGAGUGCCUCGCAGGUGCACUGGCAGACUUCACCACCAGCCUCCUGGGCCGGCCCCUGGAUGAGAACCUGAGUCCUUCCACCAUACCCUUUGAACACAGUCAGGCCACUCAGCCCCUGCUGGUCUUGUUGCCACCACCUGGUCACCCCACAGCCACUUUGCAUCCCCUGGCUGUCAUCCAGAAACUGGCUGCCCAGCAUGAGCAGGGGCAGAAGCAUCUGGAGGUGAUAGCCUUGGGCUCUGAGGCCUGGAACCCAGUCUCCGUUGUGGUCAGCACUCUAUGCCAAGCUAUGCACAAAGGGCACUGGUUGGUGCUGGAGAACUGUCACCUGAUGCCUCACUGGCCAAAAGAGCUGCUACAGCCCUUGCUUGGACUGCUGGAUAGAGCCGAGGUAGUCUCAGACCUGGAGUUAGAACUGCUUUUAGCCCCAUCUGCAAGUAGGAAUAUGGUCCACAAAGACUUCCGUCUCUGGCUUAUUGUGUCUGCAGAGUCUAUUGCUUCCUUACCAGCUGUGCUGACUCAGCACUGCAUGCCUGUUUUCUGGGAGCAGUCCCUGGAACUGGGCCAUGUCUUGCUUGACAAUGUGGAGCUAGCCCAGCAAGAACUCUAUGUGCAACCCCUUACCAGGACGAUGCCUCUGCUCCUCUUACAUGGCCUCCUGCUACACCGGCAGCUCUAUGGAAUGAAGCUGCAGGCACACAGGGGCCACUGGAAUCAAGUGACUCUGACCCAGGUCCUUCAGAUGCAAGACCAGCUGUGGGCCAGCCUUAGCAAUCCCCAUGCUGCCAUGGAGGAGUUGGCUGCUUCGGUUUUCUAUGGGGGUCCUGUGGGAGACAACAAGGACAGGGAGGCCCUGAUUAGCCUCAUACAUGCCUGCCUGAGCCCCAGCAGGGGGAGUUGGGACCAACCACACACACCCCAGUAUCUGCUGGCCACUCUGAUACCCAGCCCAGAUCUAGAGGAGCUGGAUGCUAUGUCAGAAUGCAAGGCCCAGAUGCACCAACUGCCCACACCACCUGAACCCAGGACCUGUGGACUGAGUGCUGGACCCCAGGCCUGGCUGUUGCGACGCCAGAGUCGCGCUCUCCUGCGUGCCCUGCAACAGUGUUCACUCACUUGGGUGUCUGCGCCAGAUGGCUCCAGACACACCGAGAGGCAAAGGCGGCUGCGACAGCGCCUGGUUCUAGCCAAGCAGACACUGGAGUCGCUGCAGGCUCUGCUGACCCAGACCACCCACCAAGAGUCUGGUGCCUCUGGUGCCAGGUGGUUGGAGACGGGGUCCAAUGCGGGGCGGGCUGUGGAGGGCUUCCUUCAGAUGGAAGUGCAGGAACUGAGCCAGCUGGUGAGCACGCUGCAGGAGGACCUCAAUUGCCUGUUACAACAGCUGGAAGGAGCACCCCCAUGCCUCUCCCAACGCUGUGUAGCGGUGGCCAACGCUCUGUGGACUGGCCGCCUACCCCUACCUUGGAAACGCCAUGCGCCUGCCUGGUUGCAGCCGCCCUGGCACUGGCUGAGACAGCUGUCGCGCCGUGGGGAGCUGCUAGUUCGCUACCUGGGCAUGGGCACUGCAGCACCAAAGCGCAGCUUUCACCUAUCAGCCUUUCGCCACCCACACCGCCUGCUGCUGUCACUGCGCUGGGAGGCUGCCUUUGCUAUGGUCCCCCUUGACCACCAUGUGUCCGGCUUGAAUGUGCCUGGUGCCGAAGGCCUCAGCUCUAGGCAUUUUGCCCAUAAACAUCAGGAGCUGAACAGCAGCCCUUUGCACCUUCAGGUGGUGAGCAGCCCAAAGCCCACGGUUCCAGAGACAGGAACCGUGCUGCUGAUUGGGCUACAGCUCUGGAAUGCCCAGUGGGAUCCGCUAGCAGGAGCCUUAAAGGAUGGUCCCACCAGCCAGCCCAGUCCUCUGCCUCCCGUCAGCGUGAGCACCCAGGCCCGGGACACCAAUGACCUGCCACCCGCCGCCGGCCUGGCUGUAUAUUCCUGUCCUGUGUACAUGGAAGGGCCCCUGGGCACUGCUAGGCUGAAUAGCAAGAAUAUCCUGAUGUACCUGCCCAUGCCCACCAAGCUCAGCCCCGCCAUCUGUGUUCAACGGAGAGUCCAUGUGUGCAGCCCACCCUUAUCCUGAGCCCUCAACCAAAAUAAAGUUGAAGUA